AUGACCGCACGGCCGCAAGCAGCCGCCACUCGCACGAAAAAGCAAAACCACGCAAACAUACCGUGCCCUAUUGAAAACUGCGCGCGAUUCACCUACGGGAAGCUUCCUGACCAUCUGACCAAGAUUCACGGCCUGACUGGCACCGAGCGUGACGCAUUAAACGAACAACAAAGAAAAAGGUUCUUCAAUGGAGAACUUUGCCAAGUGAGAUACCUCAAAGAAUCUGCUAUAAGAGAUUUGUGGGGUGCUGACUACGAGGAUCCACGGAUAAGAGCCAAAAUACAUCAAAGCUUUUCUCUGGUUAAAAUAAGGAUCAUACCAUUGGCAGCGUCGCAGCGAGCACGUCCUUUAACCGAACAAGAUGCGAAUGUUCUCACGGCUUAUAAUGCCAGAACUGCCCCACGGCCUGUGAGAGCUCAGCGAACCAGGACGCGUGCAAGACCGUACCCCGCUCCGGAGACAAGCCAAACAGAAUGUAGAACUUCAAGCGAGUCAAGCGAAGAAGAAAAUACUCGUAAUCCACUUCCUCCAUCGCCUCCGCCGUCAUCACCAUCUCUGCCACCAUCGCCGGCACCCUAUGAGCUGCAACCGGUCGAAACACGCCUGCGUGAUAUAUUCGACUCGAAAAUCGACGCUGGAUACAAAGCAGUUAUCGACGAUAUGAAAAAAUCUAUGACCACGGGCAGAACGCUUGGACCUAGGAAGCGAAAAGCAUAUAGAACCUACAGACGAUAUGCUAAGAGACUGAUUGCAUAUCUGCAUAGACAACAUUCACCACUGGCUUACGAUGUAGAUGUGCUGUUAUGCGGAGAGAGGCAAGUAUGCGCCUUCCUAGAAAGAAUCAGCAGUGAGCAUAAGACGAAGACUUUGAGGAACUACAUUGUCGCUGCAAUAAAACUGCUUGAUUCACGUCUCUUCGCAAUAGAAAGCGAUCCGUCUUGCAAGGAGAAGGUGGCUUCCAUGACCCGGGUUUACGAAGUACUACACGGCCGCCUAAACGAUUGCGAUAGAUUACUAGCUCAGAAGGACUCGAGUGAGAAAGAGAGGAAUUUCAAUGUGAUAGACCAAACGUUCAAUGACUCGUACGAUGAUUUAGUGUAA